AUGGACGCCACCGAUCAGGAGAAUCGGCUACCGGAGGACAUUGCUCAGGAGCGGAGGAUCCGCGCCUGCAGAGGACGAACAGCCAGGCCUCAUGACCUAAGGUGGAUGGUGGAUAUCAACAUGUUGGAUUUUGAGUACUACCUUCCUAUCUUUGCGGACGCCCUGUACGACACUCAGUACCCGUUCGACAUCCUCUCCAGAAAUGGGAUCAUAGAGAUGCUGAAGACAGCCAAAGACAGGGUCAUCCCCGUUCUGCCCGACGUUGUAAGGGGCAUCAAGAAAGCCCUUGUCACUGAGAUCCCUCAGGCCAUGAUGAAUGCUUGCGUGGUCAUACAGAUGCUGGCUACAGCUUCGCCACUUGUCGGACUAGCCCUCAUCAAGUAUUACAGAAAACUGUUGAUUCCGACGUUCGCCAAAUAUAAGACUGCCGGCAUGAAAUUUAAAGAAGGAGAGAUUGAUUAUGGCCAAAACAGGCGACGUUUGGGGAAAAUAAUCGAUGAGACUCUUGAUCUUUUAGAUAAAACUGGAGGUACAGAUGCCUACGUAGAAAUAAAGUACGCAGUACCUACCUACGAGUCAUCAUACAGGAACAGUUAG